AAUAAGGAAGACAUGCAGGUUAUAUAUUAACUCCAAUAGACUUUACACCCAUCCAUUUGUAAUACCAUAAGAAGGCGACUCACUCUGAUUGCUGUAUAUUUAUAAAAAAGCAGGUACAGGCGUGUCGAGAUGAGUGACACAUCAGAAGAUGACAAUGAGAUCUCCUUUCGGGUAAAGUUUCUUGGGCGAGUUGAGGUAGUUCGUCCUGAUGGACUACAGAUCCUGGAUGAAGCAGCUCAGAGCCUCAAGACAGCAGAUAAAUACUCUCCUAGAAAAGGCAGCCAAGAAGAGCAAAGUUCAUCUCUUCCUGUCUCUGAGUGGGAUAGACAUUUUGGAAAACAAAACCAAGUUUUUGUUGUAUACAUGCCCACUCUCCACUGUUUCCUUCUGUGCCGUCCUGUCAUCCUCACCCAAAGUCUUUGGCUUUGUGGCCAAACACCCUGCAGCAGACAUGUACCACUGUUAUCUGUUCCAGAGCAAGAAGUUUUCUCAUGUGCUGGUGUCACUUAUUGGGGACGCCUUCCGAACAUCGAAAAAGGAGGAGAGCAUCAGGGGAGGACGGGACCUGAUUGUGGAGGCGCUCAGACAUAAGAAUAAAAUGCUGCAGAGGGAGAAUUCUGAGCUGAAGAGGAGGCUGGCACAAACUGACUAACAACUACACUGUAUGUUGUUGCAUUUGUACACUCAGAAAGUACUUGUGAUGUGAAAGUAACUGUUUUAAAUGUAGUAGUUCCCCUUUAGAAAACCUUUCAGCAAAUGGUGGAACAUGGAAAAGGGAAAGAGGAGAGAGUUCUGUAGAAUAUAUAUGUCAAUUAAAAUUGGUUUUGAGGAAAAAAAGAAUGCAAUAAAUAUCUUAAUGUUUUGUUUUUCUGAAAUAUUUACUGUGGAAUCCACUCUGACUGUGUUGUCUGUUUCCAUAACAGUAGAUGGCAGCAUUAAACUUCUCACUGACAUUCCGCAACAUGUCAACUUAAACACUAGGUGGUUGUGUUAAAGUGCUGUUGUCACCGUGUCGGAAAAAUGAGUGUUUUGGUUGUGUCUACACGAGGAACCAAAUAAAGUUUUAAAUACUACCACUACACAUGACGAUCGAAUUGCUAUAUAUCUGUAACUAAGGAGUGACUUGUAAGAACUGACAGUGUAUGUAAUGGAGGUACCUAAUGGUAGAAUAAUUGUUUGCAAGUGUACAACAACUGGAUAAUAAAUAGAACCUGCAUGUCCA